CCCACUUCUAAGAUCCCCCUGGUCUAGGGUUCGAAUCCUUCUCAUUUUUCUUUUUCACCAUUUUCCCUCUUUCCCUUCGUCAUCUUCAACCUCAAGCUGAUGAAGAAUCCCGAUCCAUCUCCUCCGCGCAGAAAGAUCAAAUUCGCCCCAAAAUCCACACCGCGCAGAAGGCCACCCCCCGCUCCAAAAACUGAAGACGAAGAUGUAGUUGGUAAUGUUGCUCAAACUCGCUACCUCUUACGCCGUGCGACUGAGAAUCUUGGAAAACGAGGGAACAAAGUCGAGAAAAAAUCUUCUGUGCAAGUUGCAUUCGGGCCUGGUGCGGCAUCGGCAUCAGAAUCAUCUUCUAUUAGAACGUAUGGAGUCCCCAAAAUCGGAAACAGUAGCAGAAAAAAGGAUAUUGAGCCUGAAUCUGCUGAAGAUGAGGAACUUAUCUUGCCUCCGCCUAUGGAUUUCGAAGAAUAUGGGAAAAAUCUCAAUGAAAAAACAGAGGAUGCAACCAAGAACACGAAGGAUUACAAAGAACCAUGGGAUUACCAUAAUUCUUACUAUCCUACUACGCUUCCUUUACGGAUGCCUUACUCUGGAGAUCCUGAAAUGCUUGAUGAAGCUGAGUUCGGGCAGGAUGUGAUGGAUAGGGAGUAUGAUGAGAACUCUAGUAUACCUGCCUUGGAUCUUGGAUUGCUGGAUGAAAAUUCUGAGAAUACUAGGUACUUUUUUCAGCUUCCUGCUUGUCUUCCUUUUCCCAAACGAUCAUCUACUUCAACGGGAAAGGAGAAGGUAGGAAACUUGAGAUCUUCAAUCAGCACUGCCUCAUCAGAGCUGGGCGAUUUACGGAACCUGCCCGGUGGAUAUAUGGGGAAACUACUGAUAUACAAGAGUGGAGCUGUUAAGUUGAGGCUGGGAGAUACACUUUACGAUGUUUCUUCUGGUUUAGACUGCAGUUUUCUUCAACAUGUUGUGGCGAUCAACACCGACAAGGGACAGUGCUGCGAUCUCGGAGAAAUUGGCAAACGAGUCGUGGUGACACCAGAUAUAGGUUCCCUCUUGAAUUCAAUGACUGACUUGGGAUGAACUUGAAGAACAGGCCUGCGGAUAGAACAACCAUCUCAAAAGGAACAGGAAAGAACGGCUAAUCCUUACAAUGUCAAAAUGGAUAUGACCAAUGGCUGUGUACUGAAAAUGCUCACUAGGUAAGGAACUUGCGUUUCGCUGCUCUUAGGAUGUCACAUUAUUCAUCAAACUGCCUCCUUUGUUAAUCCAAUGCAGCAAGAACGUGUUCAUUCUCUCUAA